AUGUAUAUAAAAGAGGAGACAAUUAUUUAUAAUAAAAAAAAAGAAGAAAAAAAAGAAAUAAAAAAGGAGACACUUAUUAAUAAUAAUAAGGAGGAAGAGGAGAAGGAGGAGAAGGAGAAGGAGGAGACAGUUAAUAAUAAGGAGGAGAAGGAGGAGAAGGAGGAGGAGAAGGAGAAUAUAUAUAAAUAUAUAAAUAAAUAUAUAAUAAAAGAUAUAAAUAAUUAUAUAAAUAAAAAUAAUAAUUUAUUUAAUUAUAUUAAUUAUUAUAUUAAUAAUAAAAAAGAUAUAAAUAAGGAGACAAAAGAAAAAGAAAAAGAAAAAGAAGAAAAAGAAGAAGAAAAGGAGACAAAUAAGGAGACAAAAGAAGAAGAAAAAGAAGAAAAAGAAGAAAAGGAAGCAAAUAAGGAGACAAAAGAAGAAGAAAAAAAAGAAGAAAAAAAAGAGACAAAUAAAGAAAUAGAAGAAAAAAACGAAGAAAAAAAAGAGACAAAUAAGGAGAUAGAAGGAAAAAAAGAAGAAAAAAAAGAGAUAAAUAAAGGAGAAAAAGAAGAAGGAAAAAAAGAGAUAAAUAAAGGAGAAAAAAAAGAAGAAAAAAAAAAAGAGAUAAAUAAGGAGAUAGAACAAGAACAAGAAGAAAAAAAAGAAGAUAAAGAUAAGGAUAAAGGAGACAAAGGAGACAAAGGAGACAAAGGAGACAAAGAUGAUGAUGAUGAUGAUGAUGAUGAUGAUGAUGAUGACAAAGGAGACAAAGGAGACAAAGGAGACAAAGAUAAGGACAAAGGAGAUAAAGGAGACAAAGAUAAGGACAAAGGAGAUAAAGGAGACAAAGAUGAUGAUAAAGGAGACAAAGGAGACAAAGGAGACAAAGAUGAUGAUGAUGAUGAUGAUGAUGAUGAUGAUGAUGAUGAUGAUAAAGAUAAAGGAGAUAAAGGAGACACAGGAAACACAGGAAAUACAGGAGACAAGGGAGACACAGGAGACACAGGAAAUACAGGAGACACAGGAAAUACAGGAAAUACAGGAGACAAAGGAGACACAGGAGACACAGGAAAUACAGGAAAUACAGGAGACACAGGAGACAAAGGGGACACAGGAGACACAGGAAAUACAGGAGACAAGGGAGACACAGGAGACAAGGGAGACACAGGAGACAAAGGGGACAAAGGAGACACAGGAGACAAAGGGGAUAAAGGGGACAAAGGGGACAAAGGAGACAAAGGAGACAAGGGAGACAAGGGAGACAAGGGAGACAAAGGGGACAAAGGAGACAAAGGGGACAAAGGAGACAAGGGAAACAAAGGAGAGAAGGGAGACAAAGGAGACAAAGGAGACAAAGGAAAAGGGAAAGACAGUAUAAAGGAAUCAAAAAAAGAGACAAAAAAAGAGACAAAAAAAGAGACAAAAAAAGAGACAAAAAAAGAAGGAAAUAAGGAGACACAUAAAGAAAUAAAAAAAGAGACACAUAAGGAGACACAUAAAGAAAUAAAAAAAGAAAAAAAUAAAGAAAUAAAAAAAGAGACACAUAAGGAGACACAUAAGGAGACACAUAAGGAGACACAUAAAGAAAUAAAUACAGGAAAACAAGCAGAGGGAAUAUAUAAGGAAAUUAAUAACGAGGAGGAAGAAGGAGGAGGAGGAGAGGGAGGAGGAGGAGAGGGAGGAGGAGAGGGAGGAGAAGAUAAGAAAAUAAAUAAGAAGGAAGAAGGAGAGGAAGAAAAGGAGAUAAAUAAGGAAGAAAAGGAAGAGGAAGGAGAAAAGGAGACAAAUAAGGAGGAAAAGGAAGAGGGAGGAGAAAAGGAGACAAAUAAGGAGGAAAAGGAAGAGGGAGAAGAAAAGGAGACAAAUAAGGAGACAAAUAAGGAAGAAAAGGAAGAAGAAAAGGAGACAAAUAAGGAAGCAGAUAAGGAGACAAAUAAAGAAAAAGAUAGACAUAUAAGGAGAGGAAUAAAUAAGGACAUAAAGGAAAAAGAAAAAGAAGAAAAAGAAGAAGAAAUAAAUAAGGAAAUAAAUAAGGAAAUAAAUAAGGAAAUAAAUAAGGAGAAAGAAAAGGAGACAAAUAAGGAGACAGAAGAGGAGAAAGAAAAGGAGACAAAAGAGGAGAAAGAAAAGGAAAUAAAUAAGGAGACAAAAGAAAAGGAAGAAAAAGAAAUAAAUAAAGGAAGAAGGUUAGGGGCAAUAAAUAAAGAAAUAAAAGAGGAGAAAAAAGGAGACAAAUAA